AUGUCCUGGCGGGGGCUGUCACCUGCCUCUGCUGCUGCCUGUGUCACCAUCCUGCUCAGCUGCGCCUGGCUUGGCUCUGCUGCACAUCCCUCCUCAGGUGAGUGCCUCGGGCGGGCCCUGCUGCCCCUCACUCCCCAGGAGAAGAACGUGUGCUCCCAGGCCUCCGAGGAAGAUUUUCUCAACAGCACCCUCAGCACCCGCCUCCUGCCUGCCCUCUACUCCCUGGUGCUGCUGGUGGGGCUGCCAGCCAACGCUCUGGCCUGCUGGGUCCUGGCCACCAACUUCAGGAGAUGCUCCAGCGCCGUCUUCCUGCUCAACCUGGCUGGGGCCGACCUGCUCUUUGUCCUCCUGCUGCCCUUCAAGAUCUCCUACCACAUCCUGGGCAACCACUGGCCCUUUGGGGACUACCCGUGCCGUGCCAUGGUGGCCUUCUUCUACGGGAACAUGUACAGCUCCAUCCUCUUCCUCACCUGCAUCGGCCUGGAGCGCUACAUCUCCGUGGCACACCCCUUCCUGUGGAAGGGCUCCAGCUGGACGAGAGGCAAAGUGGGCAUCUCUGUGGGCAUCUGGCUGCUGGUGGGGCUGGGCAUGAGCCCUCUGCUUUUGCGCUCCCACACACGCGAUAUCUCCAGCCUCAACAUCACGACGUGCCACGAUGUGCUAGAAAAGGAAACCCAAAGGUUCUUUGGCCACUAUUUCCUGUUCCUGGUGGGGCUGGGCUUUGGCCUGCCCUUCGUGCUCAUGAUCAUCUCCUACAGCUGCAUCCUGGCGCGGCUGCUGGCCAAGGGAGGGAGCCACGGGCAGGUGAUCCGUGUCCUGGCCCUGGUCCUCCUGGUCUUCAUCCUCUGCUUCACGCCCAGCAACGUGCUGCUCUUCAUCCACCACCUGCUGGAGCCCACGGGCUGCAACAAUGGCACCUACAUCUCCUACGCCCUGGCCCUGGUGCUCAGCGCCUGCAACAACUGCUUUGAUCCCUUCAUCUACUUCUACGUGUCCCGGGAUUUUCGGGGCUGGCUCCAGGAUGCAGGAGGCCGCUGCCUGCGGGGGCUCGAGGCCUCAUCAGGGAGGUCCACAGAGAAGACAGCCCUGCCCCUGAGGUCCAGUGAGCAGAGCCAGGGCUGCCAGAAAAGGUACAAACACCCUCGCAGAGGAGGGGCUGCCCUCCAUCGCUGGGACUAA